GCGGCCGCGCGCGCUCUCGCCGCGGCUCGCCCUCCCUGUCCCCGUCUCCGCACACACAUCCACACACGCACACCCCCUCCCCUGCCUCCUCCCCGCGCGCCGCCCGCCCCGCCGGCCCCGUUCGCCCUCGCGCGCUCGGAAGGGAGUCGCGAGACGUCGGAGCGGCGGCCACGUAGCGCUGCGGCGGCGGUGGCGGCGGCCGAGGCCGGGUCUGCGGAGCGGCCCUGAGGACAGACGUUGGGCGGGGGGGAGGGGCCGGCCCGGCCGGCGGUUGUUACUCGAGCGCCGCGGCUGCAGGCCCCCCGCCGCAAGGAUGGACCGUCGAGGCGGCGGUCGGGGCGGCGGAGGCGGAGGCGGCCGGCCCGGCCCAGCUCCAGCUUUAUCUCAUCACUGAAACUUCCCCUGACAUAUUCAUCACGUUUACACCCGUCAGUCACCUUUCCUGCACAGCCUCUGUACGUUGUAUGUGUAGGAGAAGAAACAUGUACCCUCAACUUUACCAGGUAAAGGUGAAGAAAGUAGCAGUUCAUGAAGCAGCCGAACCAGCCACUUCUUGCAUUAAAGGAAGAUAAGAUGCUCCAUGUCACUUGCAGUUCUCUUCAAAGCAAAAUCACUAGUGCUCUGCUCUUGCCAUAAUACCAAACCUUUUGACUUCUGCUUCGGUGCUGCAACACGACGAAUUACACACAGAUUCCAGGAAUACCUUUUUUCAUUUGAGUGAUGCUUUCUGAAUGGAAAAAGAUUUGAGUCUUAGUAAUUACCCUCUUUAAAGCUACUUCUCUAUAGUCUGAACUGCUUAGUAAAUUGGGCCACUCACCAAUGAGCCACACAGCCAGUUCUUGUCAAGGGCUGGUUGAAAACUGCACUGUGCAUGUAGCAGGGAUGGCACAAGAAGAUAGCCGUCGUGGUCAAGUGCCAUCUACCUUUUAUCAUGGUGCCAACCAAGAACUUGACCUGUCCACCAAAGUGUAUAAAAGGGAAUCAGGAAGUCCUUAUUCUGUGUUAGUGGACACCAAGAUGAGCAAACCGCAUCUCCACGAAACCGAGGAACAGCCGUAUUUCAGGGAGACAAGAGCAGUGUCUGACGUGCAUGCCGUUAAAGAAGACCGGGAGAACUCUGAUGACACAGAAGAGGAGGACGAGGAGGAGGAAGACUCUUACAAAAGGGAGCAGAUCAUAGUGGAGGUAAACCUUAAUAAUCAAACAUUAAAUGUAUCUAAAGGGGAAAAGGGUGUCUCUUCUCAGUCCAAAGAGACUCCUGUUCUUAAGACAAGCAGCGAGGAGGAAGAGGAUGAGAGUGGGGAAGAGGCCACAGAUGACAGCAAUGACUAUGGAGAGAACGAAAGGCAGAAGAAGAAGGAGAAGAUAGUGGAGAAGGUCAGCGUCACGCAAAGGAGGACGAGGCGAGCCGCCUCUGUUGCAGCGGCCACCACUUCCCCUGCGCCCAGGACUACGAGAGGCCGUAGGAAGAGUGUAGAGCCACCUAAGCGUAAGAAGCGGGCCACAAAGGAGCCCAGAGCAGCAGUCCAGAAAGCUAAGUGUGAAGAGAAAGAGACUCUGACCUGUGAAAAGUGCCCCAGGGUGUUUAAUACUCGCUGGUACCUGGAGAAGCACAUGAACGUUACUCAUAGGCGCAUGCAGAUUUGUGAUAAGUGUGGCAAGAAGUUUGUGCUGGAAAGUGAGCUGUCCCUUCACCAGCAAACAGACUGUGAAAAAAAUAUUCAGUGUGUUUCCUGUAACAAAUCAUUCAAGAAACUCUGGUCCCUUCAUGAACAUAUCAAGAUCGUCCAUGGAUAUGCAGAAAAGAAAUUUUCCUGUGAAAUUUGUGAGAAGAAAUUCUAUACCAUGGCUCAUGUGCGGAAACACAUGGUUGCACACACGAAAGACAUGCCAUUUACAUGUGAAACCUGUGGAAAAUCCUUCAAACGCAGUAUGUCACUCAAGGUGCACUCCUUGCAGCAUUCUGGAGAGAAGCCCUUCAGAUGUGAGAACUGUGACGAAAGGUUUCAAUACAAGUACCAGCUACGCUCCCACAUGAGCAUCCACAUCGGGCACAAACAGUUCAUGUGCCAGUGGUGUGGCAAGGAUUUCAACAUGAAGCAGUACUUCGAUGAACACAUGAAAACACACACUGGAGAGAAACCCUUUAUCUGUGAAAUCUGUGGCAAAAGCUUCACCAGCCGCCCCAACAUGAAGAGGCACCGCAGAACUCACACAGGCGAGAAGCCCUAUCCAUGUGAUGUGUGUGGCCAGCGGUUCCGCUUCUCCAACAUGCUGAAGGCCCACAAGGAGAAGUGCUUUCGGGUGACCAGCCCCGUGAAUGUGCCGCCUGCUGUCCAGAUCCCACUUACAACUGCCCCUGCCACCCCAGUCCCUUCCGUGGUGAACACACCCACAACCCCAACCCCGCCCAUCAGUAUGAAUCCUGUGAGUGCCCUUCCUCCGCGGCCCAUCCCCCACCCCUUCUCGCACCUGCACCUCCACCCGCACCCUCACCACCCGCACCACCUCCCUAUCCCCCCAGUCCCACACCUCCCCCCGCCUCCAGCUCUCUUUAAGAGCGAGCCUUUAAAUCACAGAGGCCAGGGAGAGGACAACUUCCUGCGGCACCUGGCAGAGAAGAAUAGUUCAGCACAGCACCAUUAACAUCCAUCCCCUUCAGAGUGUUCUCCGCCCUCUGCGGCCCAUGUGAGUUUGCAGAGAGGGAGCUGGGAGCAUUUCUGUAGCUGCCAGACUCUCCUCGGCAUCCACCAAGAGCUUUGUCCUCCUCCUGGCGAAUCAGCACACCCAAGGGGGUGGAGAAGAUGACCACCUUGAGCUCACGGAGGAAACUGUCACCUAAACCAGGGGAACCACCCAACUAAAGCCCACUUUGCUUGCAUUUUCUGGUGACUUUUAUAAAUUUCAAAUAUUCAGACUCGUGGAAUUUUAUAAUUUCAUAUCAGCUGAUGAGGUAUGCUUGCUUUUAUACCCUGGACUUCUCCUCAAAGAGGGGACAGGCCUGGUUUCCUUUGUACUAAUCGGAAGGCUGUGAGAUUAAUCCAGAGCAUUAAUUGUAUCACUGUGUAUCGUAAUGAAUUCUUUUCAGCUUUUGGUGCUGGCUCCAGAGUUGGGCCAGCCACGUUUCACAGUUUAUCAAGCAUUAUAAAGACAGAAAUUUUCUUCUUUGUGUAGCUCUCCUAACGCACUCUUUAUUUUACUACAGAAAUUAUUUUAGAGUUUUUGUAUAGACUUCUUUAGUAGUCUGUUUCUAAAAUGAAAUGUAUUUCAAUAAGCGGUGUAAUUUUUUCAGUGUAGCUGGGCCUAUGUUGUAAAAUAGAAAAAAAUUUUAUAAUCAUCAAAAUGUGAUUCUUAAAGAUGCAUAUAACUUCUAUAAUUCAAAGUUACUCAUACAUCCGUACAACUCAAAGGUGCUUCAGAGACUAGAUGUAUCUGAGAGGGUCUCUAAACCAGGUUACUGCAAAAAAAUGAGGUUUUACUUUCAGAACCUGGUCUAAGUCCUUGGUGGUUUUUUAAUCUCUGCUGAACACAUGAGUGUCUGUCAGGCUCCAGACGCGCGCCUGUCCUCCCUGUUCCAUGUGGUUCGGAUGAUGCAUUAAGUGGAUGGUUUGCAGAGGGACGGCCUUUUCCAGGGCAGUCACCUAAAACUUUCCUAUUCGGGAAUCGGAGUGAAGCUCUUGACCCUCAAGAAGAGAAGUAGUAGAGAUCGUUUCAUCUCAGCCACGUCUGGUUUUCACCUCUUCAGAACCGCGUCCGUGUUCCACCUUUAUGCUCUGACAAAUUGAAGUCUCAUAAUAAUACACUGCUAGUUUUGAGGUUGCUUUAUUUUUCUAGAAUGGUUAUGAAAAUAUAAAAUAGUACACUAAAAUCACAAACAUGAUGUUGCUGAUCUGACAGCGGCUGAGAGGUUUUGAUGAGAACACAAAUUGAUCAUGAGUUUUAUAAAAUGUCUGUUAUAGCAAUGGAUUAUAUCCACAACUUUGAGCUAUUCUAACACAGUUUCAAUUGUAGUGAGGGCAAGAAAACACCUGUGUUUCCUGCCCUCUCCUCUGCAAAUAAUCAUGUGAUAGCAGCAUUCCUAGAUGAUGAGGAGAGCAGCAUCUUUAAUACCUGAGGCAGGUUACUUUUUCAAGUUUGGGGAACUUUAAAAGAACACCAUCAAUCGGGAGCUUAUUAUGGGAAAGACUGAACAGAAGGGCUUACAUACUGGUUAUAUUUAACUGCUCAAAUUUAUCCAGACUCAAUAUGCGAAAACUUUUGUAUUUUUUCGUUGUAGAGAACUGAGUUCCAAAGCUAGGUCUCCUUUCUUUCUCUCUCCCUCUAUUUUUUUAAUCUUGAAAUUUCUUCAUUUUUCUUUUUUCGGGCUUGUAAAUCAUUGCCUGAAUCAAAACCUGGCUUUUAUUUAUUUUUUAUUUUUAAUAUUAAAUGUGCAGAUAUACUUCAAGCACUUUUCUGGCUGAUAAGUUCUGUGAUAGGAAAAAAAUGAACUCUUUCAAUUGAGGUUAAAUCCCUAUUUUUAAAAUACUGCAUUCUCUAUUAGAUUUUUGGUUUAAUAUUUCCAGUGUUUGUCUUUCUGAUUAUUACCUUUUGUCUUCUGUAAUGAACAUAGGAAAAUUUUGUAAUGAGGCAGAAAAGUAUCUCAAAACAUACUUUUCUUCCUGUUUUUGGAUGUAAUUUCUUAAAGAAUAUUAUUUUAAAUAUUUGUAUACAUUCUUUCAACACCCAGGUACCCGAAGUAAUCAGGAAAGUUCAUUCCUUGUUUAUGAUGUCUUCAGUGGCUGGCUCCCCUUAUUCCUAGUCUCCUUUGUGUCCCAUGACAAGUUUGUGGGUCUCCAUCUUUAUGUAGACAUGUCAUUAUUUCAUCGCCAAGCCUGUAAUAUUAGAAUGGCUUUCUUAAGAGAUGUAAACUGCAGCUUAGUUAAUUAAGUACCAUAUUUUGUUCUAAAUAAAUGUACAGUAUUGGGCAGCAAUUCUAGAUGUACAGAAUUCUAGACCUGAGACCAUUGAAUCAACCACUUUGUGAGGUGUACUAUAAUUAUACACUGGAAACUUCAGGUAGUCAUCUUUUAUUUGUUUCAUUCAAGUGAAUAUAGCCAUAAGAAAAUAUCUGCUACAUAGAAAAACCAGUAUUAAGCAAAUAAUCACCACCACCCUUAACAGAAGCAAAAAAAAAAUUUUUUUUUUAAUCUUGGCAUCGUCACACUGUACAGUUCUUAGUGAAAUGUAUUAUGAAACAAUCUGGAAACUUCCCAUUUUUUCUUCCUAGUUAAGUAUACCUUUCCUGAUUUGGGACUUGUGGUCUUCAGGAGAAAUGCUCAGAAACACAGUGACUCCUCAUCAGUAUCAUAUUACCUAUUAAUAAUGAAAUACAUUAAGAAUACUCAACAUGAAUGCUUCUGAAUAUAAGAACUGCAGGAUUAAGCCUUAAACAUACAUUUGAAUCAGGUUUAACAUGCUUAAGACUCAAACUCAGGGUUGAAAAUUUGACUGGAGUCCUUUACUAAGAUAAAUGUUGCUCUAUGUGGUAUGUUUCCCCACAUACAGUAUAGCGCCCUGUGACUUUUUUAAAACGUAUUACUUACUUGUUAUCUGUUCAUGAGAGAAAGAACUAUGGAGGAGUUUGAGUUCUCAGCCCAGGUUGAUCUGUACUUAAAUAAGUCUUUUAAAGGCAACAAAGGCCACAUUUCAGCAUUAUGUUGAUAUCAAGUCUAGGCUGUUUCUCAUUAAUUUUACUGUCUUUGAUGGCUUGUACCAUUGCUCAAGUUGAGACUUCCUUGAGGAAAUUCCUAAGGACUUUGUUGAGUUAACAUUGCUUUGCUUCCCCCACCCCACCCCCGUUUUGCAGUUUUCUAUUCUUUCUCACAGAUUUAUCAUUCAAAUGUAAACCCUUCCUUAGCCUUGGAAGGCUGCUUGCUGCUUUUUCAGAUUGAGUCAGGUAGGCUCAUACUGAGUUAGAUAUUUUUAAAUUUGAAUGAAGAAAACAAGAUGACCGGUUUAAAGGCACAGGCUUCAUUUCCGCAUCUAUACUGGUGAUUUGAUUCUUACUCAUAGCGAGCAGGGAGACCUCCACAUGAAACUUUACCAUCAUUCAAAGAAACUUGCAAAUCACGUAUAGUUUUACCAUCUACCGUUUGCGUGAGCUGUUCUAAAUUAAUGACAGCAUGGACACUACAGUAGUUGUACUAUCUUUUUAAAAAACACAUUUGUUGAAAUACCUUUUCACAGUGGUUAGAAUGCUCCCUAUCAUUCAAUUUUCCCUAUUGUAUUAACUGAAGGCAAAAUACCCUGAAGAGACGCUUGUCAACUUUGAAUUUUCUACUUCUCAAAAUUGUUUUCAGUUUUUAUGUUUGUUGAAUGGAUAUGUAUGUUUAGCUUAAUUUUGAUUUCACUGGAAGUUUUAAAUUUUGAGAAGAUCAAGCAGAAAUAGAAAUCCAUUGCAUAUGUAUAUAUAUUUACCCCCAUCUUGCAGAUUUUGGUUAGUGCAACAUGGAAUGGUAGGUGGGGUUUUAUUGUAAAAAAAACAAAAAAAGAAAACUACAGUUAAAGGAAUCCUUCUGUUUGAGCUACUGUAUAGAAACAAGAGACAACUUUUAUUACAUUGCUGAUCCACAUGAUUAACAUUUUGGUGCUGUUCAAGACUGUAUAGGAAGUAUUUAAUAAAAACGGGGGUUAAGUUACAUUUAAGAAUUUUAUCAACUAUGUACCAUGACAAAAAUUAGCUCACUUGGAAUUCUUAAGACUAUAAAAUUGAGCAAGUAAAGAUUGGGUUUUCGUUUUCCUUUAUCUAGCUAAAACAAAAUAGGAAAUUUCCCAAAAGAUCAUAUUUUCAGGAAUGAAAGGUCAUUAGUCACUAGAGAUAGUGGCAUUAUUAUGCAAUAACAACAUCCUAUCUAACCUGCUUCUGUCAUCUGUAGCAGUUAGAGAAUAAGCAACGAUGACCUUCCAACCCUGGACACUACCUCGAUAAAGCAAACCAGAGAUCCUCUGUACACUUUCUAUGGAAGCCAUAAAAGUUGCCAUCAAUGUAUCCACUUUCAUAGUUCUAUACUUUUAUACUCUAUAGACUUUUUAUAGACUUUAUGAUCAGAUCUUUUUGUCUUAGAGGAUAGGUUUUGCAAGAUUCAAAGGAAAAUCAAACACUUUGAUUGUCCCCACUUUUUGGAGCUUUAGCUUCAGUAAAUUUGUCUGAAGAACCAGAUAAUAUACCAUUUACCAAGUUCCUCAUUUAAGUCAAAACUAUUUUGCAAAGUUGCAUAUCGAGAGAACAAACUCUUUUCUUAUUCCAUAAGUAGAAGCUAUAUUGUAAGAAACUACUUAAGUGGAUUUCUACCUUGUUACUCUGUGUAUUACUCCAUAAUACUUGUAUUGUCACAAUAUUCCUGAAGUUUUUAUUUUCUUAAUGACAUAUAAGUGAGUAUGCACCUCUCAUCCUUUGUUAUCUCUCUGUAGCUUCCGUCUCUCCCACUCUGUUCUUGAGUGCCUUCAAAAACCAGCAUCCUGGAACAUUCUUUUCCUAGUCUCUAAAUCCUACCUCUGAUUAUUUCAUUUUCCAUGAGUAUUGGGAUACACCCUCAGUCCAAUUGCUUUGGCUCUACAAACUAGUAAACCUUGGACAAGAAUUUUGAACAGAUUUGUUCCCCUGUGUCAUUUUUAGAUUACAUUUAAAACUUAUUUAUCGUCUUAUUUCUUUACAUAUGACAUUUCUAAUGGUGAAAGAUGUUAUCCUUAUCUUACUCUUCAUUUUGUUUUCUUUCACCAGAAACUAGAUGUUCCUUUAAAGUUAAAGGUCAUUGUAUCUCUCUUUUGAACAUCUUUUUGUCAUAUCAGUAUUCCUGAAUACCUGUCCUUUCUGAUUAAGGGAUCCUGAAUGCUGCCCUAUGGAAUGUUGCUAUGCCCUAUUCCUAUAAGCCCUGUCUCUUCCAGAACAUUUUGCUAGGUUGAAGGCAUAAUUUUAUUUUAUUCAGAUGAAUUUAAAAUCGCUAUCUGGUUAUCAAAAGUCCUUUAUUGAGUUUCAGUCUGCAUCUAUCAUCCUCCUGUCCAUCCCUCAAAAACUUCCAGGUACUUUCUUUUCUACUUGCUCACAUCUAAUUAUUUUUUUAAUAUGAUUGAUAUGUAAUAUAUGAAGGAUGUAAAAACAAAGGGUUGCAGUGUGUUCUCCAUGUGAUAUGAGCACCUUAUGGAAAAAUCAUGUUUGCAAUUGGCUUAUCUUUCAUGGUGAGAACCGAAGUGUGUGCUGCGUACAGGUCUCUUGCUCCCUUUCCGUUCUCCAAAACUGAAAACACAUGGAACUCUUUAAAAUGAGGAAAUUGGAUUGUGUUUUGUCUUAAAAGUGAAUGGAAGCUAUUGAGUAUUUUGGCCUUAGUGAAAAUCUUUCCCUUCUGAGUUAAAAUGUCACGCCUCUUUCCUUAAAGUUAAUAAUACUAAUACUCAGGUUUUCAAGACUAACAUGAAGUGGAAGUCUAAGAAGGCAGCUGUUAGUAAAUUCUUAGCCCUUUUUGUCUGGCAACAGUAUGUUCUGAUGGGACUGUGAAAUUGUGAGAAUUGGUUAUGUUUGAUAAUGAAUAAAGUCAUGAUCUUUGAAAGCUUCAUUGGCUAUUGGGAAUUGGAAGACUAGUUGACAAAAUGUAAAAGGUAGAUUUCUCCAGAAAUAAGUAACAUGAUUUUCUUGUUGUUUUAAAUAGUUUUGACUUCAAUUUGCCUUGAUAGUCCCCAUUACUGACCUAUAAGUUUGCUUCUUUUAGGUAGUAUCUGGCCGUCUAGGGUAACCACUUUGAAGUCUGUGGCUUUUCUCUUUGGACUCACAGGCAGUACAGUGGUGUUCGCACUCAGAGGAGCCACAUCCCUGACGCAGGCUAUUAAUGGCUUGUUUUGUGUCUUCUUUGAUAGGAAAUGUUUGGUGCAAGUAUCGAAGGACCCUUUCCUCUGGGAAGUGUCCCCUCCACUUUCUAGUUCCAGGUUCCUUUCUCACUCUGUUGAGCUUCUCUGGUGAGACCAGGGAUGUUAUAGAUUACUUGAAAACGAUCUGGGGGCCAUGUGUAUGGGGAUGAGGCAAGAAGGGGUACAAACUGAAUUUUGCUUAACUUCAUAAGGAAACCUGAUACUUGCAUUGUUGCUUUUGGUCAAGCAAAGAGCCUGUCUAUGUGCCAAAGAACCAGGUUGCUUCUGAACAUCCGGCUCCUCUGAAUGAAUACAGCUUCCUGCCACCCCUGCCUUUUACAGAUGAAAACGGUUCCUUUAAUCAGGACAGAGAUGCCACCUCACAUUCUGUAAAGGUCUUGAGGCUCUGUUUAAUCACAUUUGAAAAGUUGGUGGGAGAUAUUUAUUCUCUUAGAAUGUCCAACUCUCCUAGAAAUAUCUUUUCCAUGCUUGAUUAUUCAACUCAUUAGGUUUUUUCAAAAGUAAAAAAGAAAUUGUGUGGCAUAGUUUUUGUGUUACUUCUAAAGUAUCCUGAAGGAUAUUUAUGCAACCUCUGAAAAUCGGAUGAAUUCUCAGUCUUCCCUAAGUCUGAGUAUGCAUUUUGUUCAUUUCUUGGCAUGGGCUGUAUGAUUCUAUUCCGUCAGCAGUACUGGCUUUGUCCACAAGGGGGCAACAAAGCAGCGUCUUUAUUCUCAACCUUCUAAUGAAGGAUCCUGGCUUUUAAGUCUCUUACAGAAUAUCCUCUCUUGGGUCAAUGCUUAUUUAUAGUAGAUCUUAGUUUUUAAGACGUUUUCCUUCAUUACCAAGUCCAGUAGUUGUCUAGCCUUCAUGAUGCAAAGAAAGAUUAAUGUGUGGGUCAGAGGCCCUUGUGGGUCACGCAUCUUAAUUAGCCUUUUUAAAUAAUAGUGCCCUGGGAUUGAAAGCUAGGACCUUCCCACGGGGGACCCAUUGUGUGCUAAAUGCAGAGCAGGAAGGCGACCCUCCUUACUUCUGGUACCCACCACCAGCGCAAUACCUUCGCAUCUCUGAGAAAGACAGGCAGCAGGGGUAACUUGAGCUUGAAUGAGGAAGUGCUUCUCCCCUGCUCUGUUUCAGAUGUCAGUUACACCAGAGAGCAAGUCCUCAGGCCCAGACUCUGCAGGCUGACCCAUGGGAGGUGCCCUGCAGCAGCCACUCCUCCAGGUCAGAAUUCAGUCUGUGUUCCCUCUGUCAGUUUCUCUUAGGGCUCCUAAUCCUCAUCAGCUCUCUGGCCACGAGUUUUUGUGCUCAUCACAGUAUCUUCUGCACAAUAAGCAGGUCAGUAAUCAGCUAAGAGGAAACGCCAGACCAUAACCAUUUACCCCGGAGAGCCAGGAGGCAUUUGCACCUGGAAUGGCCUUCUUAACAGCUGUGUGCCUGGAUCCUUUUCCCCAGCCAAGUCUGACCCUAAGCAACACAGCUAGAUAGACGUGUCCACUUGUAACUCCAACACUUGACCAAAAACGAAACUGAAGCUGUGAUUGGUUUAGGUAACAGGUGGCCUGGUGUAACUUGUUUAUUUUUAUUUUUGUUUUCCCCAACAGUACUGAAAUCACUUGCACUUUUCCUCAUUUCUUAAAGAAAGGAAAAUCCAGUUUGCUUGCCAGGAAUUGUUUAGCGUUAGGUUUACAAAGCUUGUUGUUGAAUGUUGAAUAUUUGUCCAAAGGAGUUUGACAAAACAGAAGCUGCUUGGUCCCUGCUCUGCCUGCUAGGCCAUAACAAUUAAGGCCAUGUGGCUGGGGUACUUGUGUCCAGUCCAGAAGGGGGCGCCAUCCCUCUCCUACCUCUGCAAAGACGCAAUUGAAGGUCAAGUUGAACUCGCGUAGGGCAGGUGCCUCUCAUGCUGCAAAGAAGUUGAGAGAAGAGUCUUUCAGUUGGGGAGGUGACACAGGUGGGACAGGAUCUUUUAUGAUGGGAAAGGCACUGGGGAGAGGAGAGCUGCCUGGACCCCAGGACUACAUGAGGUCGCGCCAAACUCCCUCCUGAGUCUCCAGACUGGCCUCACUUCCCUGGGUCAUCUUUUCCCAGCGCCGGUCAGAUCCCUCCAUGUACUGAUUUCCCCUUGUGUGAACUAUACCAAUAUUAUUUUUUUAGCAAUUGAAAUGCACUUUUUAUUUCAACUCAAUCAUGAUUUUAAGUAUAAAAAAUUUAUAGACUGUUAAAACUACUCGUUUGUGUAUUUUUAACCACUUGAUGUAGCAUCAUCUGUUUUAUUCUUGAGACUCUGGUACAAGGUGUGCCACUUCAUGAUAUUUCCAAGACGCUGGGCCUUUGGAUGUGUACGGUAACCCACUGAAUGCUAAUGUUCAAAGUAAAACAGCAAAAGUA